AUGAAGGAUCAUCUCAAACAAAUUCAUGGCUCAUCACAAGAGGUUCACGAUGCCGACCUCAAUUUCAAGAAGAAAGUUGCCAAAAAGGUGGCCUCGAUAAGGAAUGACUACAGUCUUGAAGAGCUCAUCAUCAAAAUCGCGCGAGACCUCAAAGAGAAUCGAUCUGAAAGGUCAGCAUCGAUCGACUCGGCGGUAGGAUUCGAGUUGGAAGAUUUGAGGGUCACAAAGGUGGACGAGCCUAUAACGCCACCACCCGUGCCCUACGAAGGCUCCUCUCGGAUUUUCGUUGAUGAGGCGUACAGAAUGACUCCUGCGGACGACAGGACACGAGACAAUGGAUUUCAGCCUUCGCAGGCUAUUCCUGAAGCUAGCUUCACGCCGUCAGAAAAUGACUCAUAUUUUGAUCUAUCGCACGAACAUACACCUCAGUCCGGUUCGGAUACCGUCACAGUCAGCGCGCCAUUCGCAAGCCAAGGAGACGCUCUACAUCAUCUGAACAAUGACCUAUUUGCCAUAUUCAGUCACCAGACCAACGACGAUUUUGUAUACCAUGGUUCUACUAGUGCACCGAUGGCUCACAAUCUAUCCAAAGAGAGUUUGGAGAUGCUGCCAGUGACCUGUCCCAGCCUUGAAGAGCAAAGCCAAGUAUGGUCAUCAAUUACAAACGAGUACCUCAACGGUCUCAACGAAGGGUUCGGCACAGAAGACUGGGUUCAGAUGAGCAUGCUUGGCGAGGAGGUAGGGAGUUAUCAAGAUCAGGAGGUCUUUACUGGCGCAUGA